AACGAGUGCCGCUGCUACUGUAAAUCCCAGGAUUGAAGAUAAAGGUUUAUUGGUAGCUGAGCAAAUACACCAACCGAUUCUGAAAGAGGGGAGUCGAGAGCUCUGCUGGGAAACUACAUGGUGCUCAAUUUUUCAAGAUGUCGUCGCUGGAACAGAGGCUGUCGCGAAUCGAGGAGAAGCUAAAACAGGAAAAUGAAGAAGCUCGCCGGAGAAUCGACCUCAACAUCGACAUGAGUCCACAGCGAUCACGUCCCAGGCCUAUCAUCGUGAUCCAGCUCAGUCCUGCUCCAGCCCCUUCCCAGCGUGCAGCACUUCAACUGCCACUGGCCAACGACGGAGGCAGUCGUUCAUCGUCUUCAGAGAGUUCGCCACAGCACCACCCCUACCCCAGCCGCCCGCGACACAUGCUCACCCUGCCCACACCUCCAUAUGGCCUACAGAAGAGUCUAGAGAAUGCAGAGAUUGACCAAAAACUUCAGGAGAUCAUGAAACAGACAGGAUACCUGAAGAUCGAUGGUCAGCGGUAUCCAGCAGAGGUGACAGACCUGAUCAGUGAGGGGGAGAUUGGCAGUGGCACAUGUGGACAGGUCUUCAAAGUGCGAUUCAAGAAGACGGGCCAUGUCAUUGCUGUCAAACAAAUGCGUCGCACAGGAAACAAGGACGAGAACAAGAGGAUUCUGAUGGACCUGGAUGUGGUGCUGAAAAGUCACGACUGUCCUUACAUCAUCCAGUGCUACGGUGCCAUAGUUACCAACACGGAUGUAUUCAUUGCCAUGGAGCUAAUGGGAACAUGUGCAGAGAAGCUGAAGAAGAGAAUCCAGGGCCCCAUCCCAGAGCGGAUCUUAGGAAAAAUGACAGUAGCUAUUGUGAAAGCGUUGCAGUACCUAAAAGAGAAGCACGGUGUCAUCCACCGGGACGUCAAACCCUCAAACAUCCUCCUGGAUGCUAAAGGUCAGAUCAAACUUUGUGAUUUUGGCAUCAGUGGACGCCUCGUUGACUCCAAGGCCAAGACCCGCAGUGCUGGCUGUGCCGCAUACAUGGCACCUGAGAGAAUAGACCCACCUGAUCCCACCAAACCUGACUAUGACAUCCGAGCAGAUGUUUGGAGCCUUGGCAUCUCUCUGGUGGAGCUGGCUACGGGACAGUUUCCAUACAAGAACUGCAAGACAGACUUUGAGGUUUUGACCAAAGUGCUGCAGGAAGAUCCUCCUCUGCUGCCUCUCGGUAUGGGCUUCUCCCUCGACUUCCAGUCCUUCGUCAAAGACUGCCUCACAAAGGAUCACAGAAAAAGGCCAAAAUAUCACCGGCUGCUGGAGCAUAAUUUCAUCCGGCGUUACGAGGUGCUGGAGGUAGACGUUGCCGGUUGGUUUCAGACGGUGAUGGAACGCACCGAGUCGCCUCGCAGCAGCCAGUGUUACAGCCAUCAGCAUCAGCUCCACUCACUCUUCAGUAGGUAGCCUAGCCCCGCCGGGCGUUAGCUUAGCCAUACGCUAGUUUAGCCUAGCUUUAGCUUUGCCAAGCCCAGACUCGGUCUGUUCUAGUCUAGCCCAGCAUCAUCAGCUAAGACUAGUGUUAGACUCGGGCCCACCUGUCCAUCUGUCCACCGGGGAACCUGCAAAAGUAGGAGGAAGCUACGGGAAACUCGAUGGAGGUCUCUGGAUGGACAGAUGGAAUGAUGGAUGAAGAGAUGGACUCAUGGAUGGAUAGAUGGCAUGGGUUUGCUUGUUUUUUUUUCUUACAUUGAAUCUGGACAGGCAGACAGAGGAGUAGGGAGCAGAAAAGGGCCGACACUGUAGUUGGCGUCUUUUGUUUACCCACUGUUACACUAUCAUACCACGUCACAUCACAGAAUACAUCACUCUUACACACUCACAUUGACUUUAAUACAAAUGUGUGUCUAUCCACUGUGUGUUUAUACAUUUCCUUCCACUUUUCACUAGUUUCAUUAGACAACGCUUGUCUCAAGAGCAUCGAUCCAAGCCUUUGGAUUGGUCAACAGAGUAGUCACUACACACUGGAACAAAGCAUCUGCUACAUUAGCAAACAUGAAUCACUCUUGUACAUACAUUUUAUAGAGGACACAGCAAAGUCCAGUGCAAUUAUUGUUCUUCAGGUGUUUCUAUUAUCUCUGUGUUAGUGUGUGUGUGUGUGUCCAAUCACUAGUUGUUUCUGUAAGUAAGCGAUUUCUUGCUUGUCAUUUCAAUCAUCUUCACACUACUGCUCUAACACAACUGAGAACAAAUUAAUCCGUUAGUUAAUAUUUUUUUGUUAACAGAAAUAUUAGUCUCAUUACGUUUGAUAUUAACUAUGUUUAGAAUCGUCGUCAUUGUAUUCACCUGCAUAAUUGGAAAAACGAAAUGAAAAAGAAUUACAAAAAAAUUAGUGUUGCAUUCUAGUAUGAUAUCGAGUAUGAGCCGCUUAUAUAUUUUUGUGUGUGUAUUCACAUUGAGUUAGAAGAGAGCACUACAUGAUAUGGAGGGAUAGAACAUUUUUAAGUAUUUUCGGAGACAAAGCUGAGGGUGUGAGACUUAUUUACUGUUACUGGUGUGAGGACGAAGAGAGGUUUGGAAGUAAAAAGUGGGAGCAGAGUGCUUUUACGUUGAGAAGGCUAAGAACAGGAGCUUAUCUUGUAUAAAGGAAACGAACGAUGUAGAUCCUCUUACCUGUGGAGUAUUUCUUUACUUCACUCUCCGUUUGUCUACCUCUUUGUCGUUGUCCACCUCUCUUUGUCCACCUCUGCUGUUUAGUGUGACGUAAGACUCCACAGUUUCCAGACCAAAGGGUGUGUGUAGGUUAUUGUUGCUGAUGGAGGCUGACAGAUUUAGACCUGUGUCUGUGAGAAUUUCAGACUGUACAAAACCACGGAAAAGUCUUAGGGUAAGUGAUUUUAGAGCAUGGGUUUCAGCUAACUUGGUGCACACCUACAUUAAUAAUUGUUAAAUGACACCAGCACAUCUGUGUUUUGUUCAUUUUUAUUUGUCUUGGUGUUUGUCUGUCAGACUUAUAUUUUGUCCUCUCAGUACAGUAGAUAGUGUUCGAAAAUAUUUUGUUUUGCUGAUUCUCAGGGUCAUAAUUUUACAUGUGUAGUUUUUACCCCAGGCCAAACUUUUGAAAACCUAACAAGUGAUUAAGCAAAGGCAAAUUAAGAUUGACCAGACACAAUGAUGCCCCACUACAACCUGACAAGUGACCUUCCGUUAAUUAGACAUUGAGACUCACGAACUAGAGGAUUGUAAAGAUUACAGUGAAUGCGAUCUGUUUAAAGCUGCCAUGUAAAUAUGCAGUUUAUGAGUACAGGUUUACAGAGAUUGAGUGACCUGAUUCCCAAUGCCUCCCCUAGUUAAAUGGACACUGCCAAAGCCUGCCAGUCGUGCACACUCAAAACUCCCACACUUCAUGUCAUGCACUGAACCAAAUCACUGCUAGACACUGGGACCUGAGGAGUGGCA